CCCUGUCUGCAGACUCGCUACCACGCCUCACAGAUUGCCCACGUCCAACUCCCCCGACGAACACUCCCAUUUGAAGAUAAGAAAGGUAAGCGGAGAGGAUGGCGUCGGGCAGUGUCCGUCCCGUAACGACGUACUUCAUGUCCACUCGAAGUACAAUGUUCUUCCAGACUGGGCUGUUUCUUUACAUUCUAAUUCUUUGGACUAGAAUUUGUUGCUGCAGUGCUGGUUGCCUUAACAAUAAUAAUCUUGGUGAUUUGUCGGACCUGUUGGAAAAAUUCAAUUAUGUUGGACAGAGCUGCAAGGAUAUAAAGGAGAGAUAUGGAGUUAAAACAGAUGGACUUUAUUAUUUACAGUCUAAAACAGGAAUUAUUUAUGAAACCUACUGUGACAUGACCACUGACGGUGGAGGCUGGACUCUAGUUGCCAGUGUUCAUGAGAACAACCUACGAGGAAAGUGCACUGUUGGAGACCGUUGGACCAGUCAGCAAGGGAAUAUGGAUGUUGUUCCUGAAGGAGAUGGUAACUGGGUUAACAAAGUCACCUUUGGAAAUGCUGAGGGGGCAACGGGAGAUGACUUCAAGAACCCAGGAUAUUACGACAUUCAGGCCCAGGAUAUGUCUGUGUGGCAUGUUCCCAACCAAGUUUUAAUGGAAAAUUGGAAAACUUCUGCCAUUGUGAGAUAUCACACAAACAGUAAAUUUUUCCCACUUUAUGGAGGAAAUCUGUAUGGACUCUUUCAGCGUUUUCCAUUGAAAUACAAAGGUGGUUUGUGCAAAAUUGACAAUGGGCCAUCCAUUCCUAUUGUUUUUGAUGUGGGAGAUGCAAAAUACCUCAGAGAAAUGUAUGGCCCAAACACAUAUGCUGAGACAGAACCUGGCUAUGUCACCUUUAGAGUGUUUAAUAAUGAACAAGCAGCUCUGGCAAUCUGUUCUGGAGUCAAAGUAAAUGCAUGUAACUCUGAACAUGUUUGCUUUGGUGGUGGUGGGUUCUUCCCUGAAGCUAGCCCUAGGCAAUGUGGAGACUUUGCAGGGUGGGACUGGGAUGGCUAUGGAACACACAUUGGAUGGAGUGCAACCAAAACAAUAACAGAGUCAACUGUGCUGCUGUUCUAUCGCUGAGCUAUGUUUAGAUCUCAGAUCUUAAAAUUUAAUGAAAUAAAACAUUGAACAUAUGCAUUCAAA